AUGCCCUUAAACGCCCCCGAUCUCCAGAACUACCGAAAGGAUGUAGCGAGCAAGGGUUCUGCACUUGGCGGCACUGGCCGCGAAACCCUUAUCAAGCCCUAUCUGCCAGAACCUCACAAGCAUCGAAAACCAGCUCCUCCAUCCCCCAUGGAGACUGCAAAGAAAUCGAAGCCUGCACGUAGAGGCCGCAAGCAAAGGAUACGACCCUUUCUGCGACAGAAGUUCCACUUCCUCAUAUAUUUUGUCAUUCAAGUCAUCUAUGGCAUUAUCAUCCGCUUUUACCAUGGCUGGCACGCCGUGUCCGACCGCAUCGUUGCGAUCAUGCACUACCACCACCGCAGCCCGGAGUACAUCCAACGAGACGUCAAAGACCUCAGCCGCAUACCGGAACACCUCAGCGUCAUCCUGAGAUACAAAGUCGAAGAAGAUGGUGCACUAGAAUCUCUCAUGGACGAAGUGGCCGAGCUGUCUGCCUGGUCUGCGGCCGCAGGCAUACCAACAUUGAGCAUCUACGAGAAAUCCGGCAUCCUCAAGUCGUAUACCUCCUCCCUGCAGGACCUUGUCGACCAGAAGCUAGUCUCAUACUUCGGGCCCGCGCCCGCUGCCCCAAGCUCAAAGAUUUACUCGUCCAACCAAACUUUGCACAGCCCCUCGCCAGAGCACAAUAGUCGUGCAAACAGCCAAAGUGGACGCAGACAUAUCAAUCUCCUCCUGCUUUCCGCAGCGGACGGCAGAGAUACGCUCGUCGAUCUGACCCGCACACUUACAGAGAUGGCGCAGGCAAAGAAGAUUCGUCCCCGGGACAUAACCUCCGACCUCAUCAACACCGAGAUCUCCGCUACCACCGCUGUUCCAGGCUCUCAGGCGCCAUCUACCAACGCCAAGAAGGAAGUUGGUGCGGGCGAGCCGGAGCUGGUUAUCGUCUUCGGGCCUUACGUCAAGUUGGAAGGAUAUCCACCAUGGCAGAUUCGACUGUCCGAGAUCUUCUGCGUGGGCGGGGACCCGAGCCAGGGCAAUGUACCUGUGGAAUAUCAAGGAUUCUUGCGAGGAUUGUGGAAGUUCGCAGGUGCUGAGAUGCGCUUUGGCAGAUAG